AUGUCCGACUCCGACGCUGGCAGAAUGAAUGACGACACCGUCCCGAAGGAUGACACCGUCGACGAAGGCGCUGUUGUAAACACGCCCCGCGAUGAGGCAGAUCUGCUGAUCCCGGAUUCCAUAUCUAUGUUCGACAUGGAGCUGUCCAGCCUCGGUGACACCCGCCGAGCUCCUCCAGAUCACUAUCAGCAUUGGCUCAACCGCGUUUUGAGGAUGUCAUACAGCGAGAACGCUUUCCAGGUCGUAAACGUUAAUCCUUGGAGACAACCUACCCACGAGCACGACCAUUUCUUCGAAGUGCAGCACAUCGUGACGUUUAUACUCACUCGACAUGACUAUCAAUGGCUCUCGUUCCCCAUCGGCCUUUUCGUUGAUCUUGCUCUUCACGUGAAUGAUGCCCGAAACUUGUUUCUCGUCAAUAGAAUCUACAAUCGAGCGAAGAAGUCGAUUCCGCUGGCCGACUAUCGCGUCAGCAGGUUUAUCGCGAGUUAUCUUGCGGCUACUGUCGACCCGAGGGGGAACCUCCGGUUCGGGACUGUCGAGCGAUCUGUGCGCGACCUUGUUCGCACAAUGCGGAGCAGAACGAACAUCUAUAACAGGCUCACGAAAUCCACUGGAGACAUGAUAGCAGCUAUCAUGCGGUGGCAGGAUUAA